AUUAGAUCCACCUGCUCAAAACGAAAGCUGUUUUUCAUCAACCUUUUUCUCAGUACUAUAUAACAGUUGCUAAAAAAAGUAAAAAACAUCCAUGGAUCCUUCAGAAAAUAAUAAUCCUCAAUCUUUACCUUAUAUUACCAGUAACAAUCCUCUUCAAUUCACCAUUCACUUGCCCAAUUCAAACCCUAGUUCUACUCCCAAUUUCACUUCAAUUCCAAACCCUAACCCUAACCCUAACCCGAAUUCUGAUUCAAUAUCAGAUCAGCUUCUUUCGUUAUCAAUUCCAAGCAAAAGGAGAAGAGGUAGGCCUCGAAUUACGACGUCGUCUUUGGACCAGUUUAGCAAAACCCUUGUGGACAAUUCGAAUCUUGUGCGUAAUUUGACUGCUAGAACAGUUACUGCUUCUGAUGAGAUUAUUGUAAUUAACAAAGAGGCAACGACUGAGGCGUUAAUUGCUUUAACUGCUGGGUUUCCGGCUGACUCUUUGACUGACGAGGAAAUCGAGGCUGGGGUUGUUUCUGUAGUGGGUGGUAUCGAGCAGGUUAAUUACAUUCUAAUUAGAAACCAUAUAAUUACCAAAUGGCGCGAAAAUGUAUCGACUUGGAUAACGAAAGAGAUGUUUGUUGACGUUAUACCUAAGCAUUGUAGUGCUCUGCUGGAUUCUGCUUAUAACUAUGUGUUAUCACGUGGGUAUAUUAAUUUUGGAGUUGCUCCGGCCAUUAAGGAUAAGAUUCCAGCUGAGCGGAGUAAGCCUAGUGUGAUCAUUAUUGGGGCAGGACUUGCGGGGUUGGCUGCGGCGAGGCAGUUGAUGUUGUUUGGGUUUAAGGUUACAGUUUUGGAGGGAAGAAAGCGUGCGGGUGGAAGAGUGUACACUAAAAAGAUGGAAGGUGGGAAUAAGGUGGCUGCUGCUGAUCUAGGAGGGAGUGUGUUGACGGGUACGCUUGGGAACCCGCUAGGUCUUUUGGCACGGCAGCUCUCUUACAUACUUCACAAGGUCAGAGACAAAUGCCCUCUUUAUCGUGUCGAUGGGAAGCCAGUUGAUCAAGAUUUAGAUCACAAGGUGGAGGUAGCUUAUAACCUACUUUUGGAGAAGGCAAGCAAGCUCAGGCAGUUAAUGGGAGAAGUUUCUCAGGAUGUUUCUCUUGGAGCAGCAUUGGAGACUUUCCGUCAGGAUUAUGAGGAUUCCGUGAAUGAAGAGGAGAUGGGUUUGUUUAAUUGGCAUCUCGCAAAUCUGGAAUAUGCAAAUGCAGGUCUGAUUUCUAAGCUUUCCUUAGCAUUUUGGGACCAAGAUGACCCUUUUGACAUGGGAGGGGAUCAUUGCUUCCUGCCUGGAGGAAAUGGAAAAAUAGUUCAGGCAUUAGCCGAAAAUGUACCUAUUCUUUAUGAAAAAAUUGUGCAUACCAUUCGUUAUGGUAGUGAUGGAGUACAGGUUGCCGCUGGGGGCCAAGUAUUUGAAGGAGAUAUGGCACUGUGCACUGUUCCGCUUGGAGUUUUAAAAGGUGGUUCUAUGAAGUUCAUUCCAGAGUUGCCUCAGCGGAAGCUUGACGGAAUAAAAAGAUUGGGAUUUGGAUUGUUAAAUAAAGUUGCAAUGCUUUUCCCGUAUGUCUUCUGGGGCGCUGAUCUCGAUACCUUUGGACAUCUUACUGAUAAUUCUAGUAGCAGGGGUGAAUUCUUUCUGUUUUAUAGCUAUGCAACUGUUGCUGGUGGUCCCUUAUUGUUAGCUCUAGUUGCUGGAGAAGCUGCGCACAAGUUUGAGACCAUGCCCCCGACUGAUGCAGUGACAAAAGUUCUUCAAAUUCUAAAAGGUAUAUAUGAACCACAAGGAAUUGAAGUGCCAGAGCCCAUCCAAACUGUCUGUACAAGAUGGGGAAGUGAUCCUUUCAGCUUGGGUUCUUACUCUAAUGUUGCAGUCGGGGCAUCAGGAGAUGACUAUGAUAUUUUAGCAGAAAGUGUGGGCGAUGGCAGACUUUUCUUUGCUGGUGAGGCCACAAAUAGGCGAUAUCCAGCCACUAUGCACGGAGCUUUUCUUAGUGGGCUUAGAGAAGCUGCGAACAUUGCUCACCAUGCUAAGGUUAGAACCAUGAGUUUGAAGGUUGAGAAAAAACCAUCAAAGAGCGCUUAUUCUUAUGCUUGUGUUCUGGACGACUUAUUUAGGGAGCCAGACGUGGAAUUUGGUAGUUUUUCUAUAAUUUUUUCUAAAAAAAGUUCUGAUCUCGAGUCACCAGCUAUUUUGAGGGUAACUUUCAGUGGGCCCCAAGCACGGAAUCAUGAUGGGAUAAGGCCUGAUCGACAUCUUUCUAAUAAAUUACUCUUUCAGCAGCUUCAGUCCCAUUUUAAUAACCAGCAUGAGCUUCAUGUUUAUGCCUUGCUAACCAAGCAACAAGCCCUUGACCUCAGGGAGGUCAGAGGCGGUGACGAGAUGAGGCUGAAUUUCCUUUCUGAGAAGCUUGGGGUGAAACUGAUUGGAAGAAAAGGCUUGGGUCCAAAUAUUGAUUCUAUAAUUGCUUCAAUUAAGGCUGAUAGGGGAAAGCGCAAACCUGGGUCCAGAUCUCUUACGCUUAAAUCUGGUGUCACGAAGUCAAAAGGCACCACUCUCAAGCGAAAAAUAGUUAGAAAGGCUAAAGUUGUAAGCGGAGGCAAUCGAACCACCUCUUCCCCUGCUGCUAUCAGCAGGAUUAAAGCAGUUGGCAGCACCAGUACCGCGAACUCUCCAACAAAUGUAGAUUUGGAGCCUAAACCAGUUUGCACUAUUGGAUCUGUAGCUUCUCCAAGUUUGAAUAUUGGUGUAAAUGACAACAUGGGAUCAAAAUCAGUGGCCAGUAGUUCUGUGUAUGUACUUCCCAAUGCAAGCAUUGGUGAUAAGUUUGAGGGUAAUAGUGGUAGUUCUACCCCUCCAAUUUUGGAUGCUGGAGGAAACACAGGAAGCAAUGGUAAUGCGCCUAGUUAUCCCAGGAGUAUAUAUGAUGAUAGCACGAAUACAUGUGCUCCGCCUUCUAGUGGAAAUUCAGCUAGUUAGAAUACAUCGUGUAUAUUAUGGUAGCUGACACUUUGCUUUGCUCGCCCGUUAUGAGGUGUUAGGGAUUUGGAAACCGUGAUGCAACUGGCAAUUAGUUCCCCAAUUUGCCGUUCUAGUUGCCAAUUUCUUGGAGCAAUUCUAUGUUAUUAUCUCAAAGAGGGGAAUAUAUUGUUUUUAUAUGUAGGAGCAGUAGUACUUUACUAUAGAAAGAAAGCACUAGUGUAAAGAAAGUAGUUAGCUUUUGAAUCAGCCCAGAUAAUGGCUGUCUUACAGGUACAAGUCGUGUUACUGACUUUAUUGUCGCAUAAGUUUCUUCUCGCGAUAUCUCAAAUUGUUUAUAAGGCGUGUGGAUAAUAUUUAGUUGAAGUUGAAAUAAAAAAAAUUUAGUUAGAUAAUUGAAA